GAUACGCCCCUUUCAUUUCGACACGCCCACUUUCUAGCCAGCAAAAGAAAGCCAUGUUUGAAGUUUUUCUCCCAGAUUUCUCCACAUAUUUAUCCUCCAUCAUGGAGGCGCUUGGGGGAUACCCCACCAAAUCAUCUGCUUCUAAAGCAGGACUGUUCAAGGUUUUACUGAGUGUGGCCGUGUGCAUGGGCUCACUGUAUCUGCUGCAGAGUAAACUGUCAAAGUCGCGAAAAGCCAAAGAUUUCUACUCAUUUGAAGUGAAGGACGCGAGAGGCAGAGCUGCCUCGCUGGAAAAGUAUCGAGGGAAAGUAAGUUGCAUACUUUUAAUGUUUUAA